AAUUCCGUCAGAGAUUUUAGCCAGGGGUCCCGAAGCCGUCAAAGCAUUCAAAGAUGCACUUGAAACUGGUGAAAUAACAGUUGUUAAUUCAAGACUGAUGUUCCUAGGUAACGAGGGUUCCGGGAAAACCUCUUGUGUCAAAGCCAUGCUUGGGAAAGAAUUCGAUAAGCAUGAGAGGUCAACUGACGGUAUUGUUACAACUACUGUCUUUCAAACUGAUGGAGAUUACAGCAAAUGGGAGGAGCAGAAGGAUGUGGACGUUACAGUUUCAAUUACCAGAAGCAGUUAGGCCUUUGCCUCCGACUUUGCGAAAGAAACGCAGAGUAAAAACUGUAGGCCUAUCUCAUAACAAGAUGGGAGUAGGCCUAUCGACCAAUCACCUAAUGAAAUAUGAAAUACGCAAGAAGAUUGUCGAUAAUCUUGCUAACAAGAGUUCGGUACCAACAGAUAUAACAUGCAUAUGGGACUAUGCUGGUCAGAUGAUUUAUUAUAUUACUCACCGGGUUUUCCUCACAGAUGGGUCAUCUUACGGAGUAGUGUUUAGUUUGUUGGAUAAUUUGGAAGAAUUUGCAAAACCAAGAGAUAUUUAUAAAGGACACUUUGAGAUGACUAAUCUCCAAAUGAUCAUAUUCUGGAUAAGGUCGAUUUACGAACACACCUUAGGUGGUCUGCGAUAG